AUGUUAGAAACAUAUAUUGGUGGAGAUUGUGGUAGAACUGUUUGUAAAAAAUUAGGUUUUGAUAAUUUUUACAUUGAGGAUGCUAGAGGGUUUUCUGGUGGCAUAUGGUGCCUUUGGGACAAAUCUACCUGGAAUGUGGAUAUCACUUUUCAUAGCUCUCAAAUGGUGCACAUAGAAUUGAAGCAGGGGCAGUCACCACCCUGGUUGCUCUCGGUCAUAUAUGGUAGCCCACAGAGGGCAAGUCGAAGAGCUCUCUGGAAUAAGAUUCGCGAUCUAAGCAGCAACAUUAACCAACCCUGGUGUCUCAUUGGCGACUUCGACGCUAUUCUCAAUGAUUUCAAAAGGAAAGGUAGUGCUAGAAGCAAUCCCAGAGGUGCCUGUUCUGAAUUCCAAACAUGUAUCUCGGAUUGUGCCCUUUUUGAUCUAGGCUACUGUGGCUGGACCUUUACCUGGAAAAGAGGUAACCUAGUAGAGCGGUUAGACAGAGCACUUUGUAAUCUGAAAUGGCAUAACACCUUCCCUGAAUCGAAGGUCAAACAACUACCCAGUUUCAAAUCGGAUCACUCGCCUCUUUGUCUCUAA